UCCCUUUGUUCGCACUUGAAUUGAUUUUUCUCUAGCGAAACGACAAGAUUGGGAGGUUAUUGUUCGUUUUAAAGGUAAUUUAAAGAAGAUCUUGAGCAAGAAAAGACGACCCAUAGCACAGCCAUUACUGAUGCCAUGUCUUCGUCAAGGGAAAGUUAUAAAAACGCAAUUAAUGACGAUCAAGAAUGCGGAUCAAAUGGAAAGAAUGUGACUUUGAACAAAGAAGGUACUUAUAAUGAAUCAGAUGAGGCCACAGAUAAUGAUGGAGAAAUGCAACUAGAUGCAAUGGAUCAUAGUGUGAAGGUUGAAAAUGGUUGUGGCGAUAUGAAUUCACCUGAAUUCAGUAAUCAUGCUGAUACACUGUGCAUCAGCAUCAAGAUUUCUGAUGAUUCGAUUAAGAAAAGAUUGAGAAGAAAACCUUUGUGCCUUAUCUGUGGCCCACCCAAAGGCAUCUUAAAAACUGAAUACACAAAACUUUCUUCUUAUCCUGAUGUUGAAAAAGAAAUCCGUGGACUGUUGAAAAUACUUUCUCCUCCUCGUGAAUCAGAUGCUUGUUGUGGCAGCUGUCUGGGUGUCAUGAAAGAUUUUGUGGCAAUGAAAAGGAAGAUAAUAGCCCUCCACGUUGAUGCACAGGUAGAUCUACCAGACAGUCAAGGCGAUGGGGAAUCAGGAGAGGAUCAGGAAAUGAGUGAUGGGGAAAAUAUGUCUUGCAAUACCAACAACCAAGAUCAAAAUAGUGAGGUGCUUAUCAAACAUGAAAUAAUUGACAUCAGUUCUGGUGAGGACAAUGACCAUAGCAAAGAAAGGGAAAGCCUAAAAAACCAUGAAGGAAAUGGUAGGAAAACCCUAUAUUUGAAACCAAAAGUAUACCACUGCUCUUACUGUGAAAGAACAUUCAACAGGGCAAAUACACAUGCAUUGCAUGAAAGAUCCCACACUGGUGAAACAAAUUAUAAAUGUGAAUACUGUGAAUUGUCAUUUACCAGGGCAACUGAUCUGAAGGAGCAUGGUAGAGUUCAUGAGCUGAAAUGCUCAUAUUGUGGAAAAUCUUGUUGGGGGCCAAAAGCUCUGAAGAGACAUGAGCUAGAUUCUCACAUUUCAAAGUUGCAACAGAGACCAAAAAUAUACAAGUGCUCUUACUGUGAUAAAAUAGUGACAAAGCAAAGUGCACUUACUGUGCAUGAAAUGAUUCACACUGAUGGUCGUCUCAAAUGUAAACAUUGUGAAAAAUCAUUUACAAAAAGGGAUGAUCUAUUGGAGCACGAUAAAAUCCAUGAAUUGAAGUGCUCUCAUUGUGGUAAAUCUUGUUGGGGAACAAAAGCUCUUUCCAGUCAUGAAAGGAUUCAUGCUUGCAACAAAAUGGACAGUAGUACAGAAGUACUUAAAUGCUCAUUUUGUGAUAAAACAUUUACUCAUAAGAGUUCGCUUGUAUCACAUGAAUUUAUCCACACUGGUGAUAGACUCAAAUGUAAACACUGUGAAAAAUCCUUUACGAGGAAGGAAGACUUAUUGGAGCACGAUAAAACUCAUGGAUUGAAAUGUUCUUAUUGUGGUAAAUCUUGUAGGGGAACAAAAGCUCUUAGAAAACAUGAGAGGAAUCACACUGUUGCACAAUACCGCAUGAAAAUGGAAAUAUAUCAGUGCUCUCAAUGUAAUGAAACAUUUCAAAGGGAAAGCGAACUUUUCUUGCAUGAAAUAAGUCACACUGCUGACAAAGUCAAAUGUAAACACUGUGAAGAAAUUUUCAGUAAGAAAAGUGAGCUACUGGAGCAUGAUAAAAUCCAUGAAUUGAAAUGUUCUCUGUGUGGAAAGUCUUGUUGGGGAACACAGGCUCUUGACAAGCAUGAGAGGAUUCACAUUGAUGAUGAACCAUACACCACUGCAGAAAAGAUAAAGUGCUCAUACUGUGAUGAAACUUUUAACGAAAGUGAACUCAUUUUUCAUGAAAAAUCUCACACUAUUGAUGGAUUCAAAUGUCUCCAGUGUGAAAAGACAUUUACUAAAAAAAGUGAUUUAGUGGAUCAUGACAAGUCACAUGAAUUUAAAUGUUGUCAUUGUGGAAAAUCUUGUUGGGGAAAGAGAGCGCUUGACAAACAUGAGAAGUUUCAUACUGUUGGAAGACCCUACAAAUGUAACACCUGUGAUAAGUCAUUUUCAUGUAGAAGAUUUUUGCAAGACCAUGAAAAUACUCACACCGGAGAAAAACCUUAUUUGUGCCAGUAUUGUACCAAAAGCUUUGCCCAAACCUCGACUUUGAAAUCUCAUGAAUUCACCCAACAUUCUGGAGAGAGGCCACACAAAUGUCAAUACUGUGGACAGGGCUUUGCCCUAAAAUUAGCCUGUGAGGAACAUGAACGCUUCCACACGGGGGAAAAGCCUUUCAAGUGUGAUCACUGCGACAAGCGAUUUGUAAGGAAAGCCAAUUGGAGAGGCCAUGUGAAAACCCACCUUGGAAUUAAACCACAAAUAUGUUCAUACUGUGGAAAAGGUUUCCGUGACAGAGGCACCCUUGCUAAACAUGAAAGGACUCACACUGGGGAGAGACCAUUUAAAUGCAAAUACUGUGAUAAGGCUUUCAAAACUCAAACUCAUCGCAGAACACAUGAAAAGACGCACAUUGGACAGAAAGCGGUUAAACAUCAGACAGCUGAAAAUAAAGUGAAAAGUCUAGCUAAAAUUCACAAAAGCCAGCGUGCUGAGGACGGAUUUGACAGUGAAAACUCUGAUGGUUUGGAAAUGAGUCAGCAGUUGGACAGUUCAUUCAUCAGUCAACAGUUUAAUAGCACAUAUAAACCCCAGCACAGUGAGAGUACAUUCAGACCUCAGCACACUGACAGUACAUUGAGACCUCAGCAAAUGGAAACCUCAUUUAGGGGUCCACACUCCAGUAAUGUGUUCCCUACUCCAGAGGCUGUUUAUCACGGAGAUAACCCUAAUCCUUACAUGUAUGGCAUGUAUAUGCCAGGGAUGUGAAUGUUGCAUGUAACAAAUUAUUUACCAUGCUCUGAAGCCUACUGCUCUGAAAACAAAUGCAUCUGCUUCAAACAUACAACAUUCAUUAUUUAAUUAAAAAUAAGUUGAGAAGCCAGCUGCCAAAAGCAGUUGCUAAGGAUCUAGUCAUUAUACUAACUGGGCUGGUCCGACUCUGUCGGGAACUCUGCAAAAAGUGCAAUCAGUGGAAUUCGCUAUAAAACACAAUACAGUUCAUUCCCCCCGCCCUGGUACUCAAUACUUGUCAGACAAUAAAGCUGAUUUCAUUGAUUGCACUUCAGCAAGAAUCCCUUGCAGAGUUGGACUGAUCAGUAUGUGUGAAUCUGAUUGUGGUGUAAGAAAUUUUAACUCCUUACAUUAAAAUGUGAUUGAUUUGCAAAGAAAAGAGUAAAAUAUUUGAAAGAAAAAUUGAG